AUCGUGUAUGGAGGAGGGGUGCGGCCGGCUGCACGUCCCGCACCAGGGCCCGUUCCCCUCUAGUUAUGUUACUGUGGUUUUCUAGUAGACUAAACGUAUCAAGAUCCAAAAUAUGGAAAGAUCUGUUAUCCUGAAAACUACAGGUCCAGAGCAUUCUGGAUAACAGGUCCCAUACCUGUACUUUAAUAUGGUUAAUGAGGGUUAACUGCUUUACAGAUAUCCCUGUUUGACAUUAUAUAACUGUCUGUCUAAUGUGUUUAGUAUAACAGGACAUGGGGAGAAUGGAAACCAGGAGACCGGUCAGUUCUUCAGCCUCCUCUGAAGCAGCUGAUUUUUGGAAUCAUAGCUUUGAAUACAACUAUUUCAUCUACGAAGAAGAGGGACCAGAAACAGGUGGAAAAGUUAUUUUCAUAGCCAGGCUCUUCAUUGGUGUGAUCCUGGCAUGUGUAAUGCUCAUCUGUGGGUUUGGAAAUCUCAUCUUCAUCCUCACCUUGGCUAUGAAGAAAAAGCUACAUAGUGUCACUAACAUUCUCAUUGGCAAUCUGGCUGUGUCUGAUCUGCUUGUGGCUGUUGUUUGCUGCCCAUUUGAAAUGGAUUAUUAUGUGAUACGUGAGCAGUCAUGGACUUUUGGCCAUGUGAUUUGUUCGUCUGUCAGCUACUUGAGGAUGGUGUCUCUCUACGUCUCUACCAAUGCCCUCUUGGCAAUUGCUGUAGAUAGGUAGGUGAAAGCUUGAGGUUACUAUAGCAAUAAAUAUUAUAUGAAUGGGACUGCUAUACUGAAUAUGCCAUUUUGUGAAUUAUAAGAAUAUUAUCACCUCACCUACUAUGUUAUCUGACUAUGUUUGAGCAAUCUACGACCAUAUACUGUAAAAGUGACUUGCCCAGGCAAAAGAAAAUUGUCCAGGUUCACCUCCUCUGCACAACCAGUGAUCUUCCUACAAAAUCCAAGUCUUUCUGCUAUUCAUACUCCUAAUCUCAACCUAUCUGCCCCCAGUCUCUUCCACCCUCAGUCUCCUUGCUCCUCAUACUCCCACCUUCAAAAUGUCUCUGUCCCCCAGUAUUGUUCCUCCAUCUCCUACACAUUGGUGUCUCUUACUCCCAGUCCCCAGUGGUCUUCUUCAUUUUCCAGCAGUCCUUCUUCAUACCCAAUAUUACAGACAGUCUCUCAGUUGCCAGAACUCCAACUUCACAGUAGUCUUUCCAUUCCAUCAGCAUCUAUUUGCCCCAGCAGCUAAUUCAACUGGUCACUUCACACAUGGAGUUGAUUAUGGCCACAACAUGCACAUAACGUGUGAACAGUGACAAGCAGAUUACAAUCAUUACAGUCAUCUCAAGGCUCACAACUAUGUAGCAG